AUGUUGCGAUUUUGGUUUGCGAUCUUUCUUUUCUUCUCGAUAAUUAUUCAUAUAAUCAAUACAAAUGGAGAUGAACAUAUGGUGCAGUCAACAGCUGUACGCGGUAAACUUAUUUGCGGCCAAGAACCAGCAAUUGGUGUUAGGGUAAAAUUGUUCGAACAAGAUGUCGGAGCAAAUUCUGAUGAUGUUUUAAAUGAAACAUAUACCGAUGAUGAUGGAGAGUUUUUCAUCCAUGGUACUACGAUGGAAGUUGGUCAAAUUCAACCAAUUGUAAAAGUGUACCACAAUUGUCUUUAUAGUAGACUGUUUGGAUUACGAAGAAUUCAAUUCUUGGUUCCAUAUCAUUUUACCAACUAUGGAAUUCACGCUGAAAAAGUUUUAGACUUGGGCACUUUUAAUUUGGAAGCUAUAUUACCUAGGAUGAUGUUACAAACAGUGUUGUUAUCAUUUUUGAUAUUAUCAAAUUAUCAAGUAGUGGUAGGAAAUCGAAUGCAAUCGGUACAAAUACGAGGAAGUUUUCGAUGUGGUGAAGAAAUUCCUCAUAAUGCAACGAUUGAGCUAUGGGAUGAAGAUGAUCCAAUAGAAAAUUUUCUUCAUCAAUUUUUCGUUCAAGAAAAUAGUGAUGAUCCUGAUGAUAAACUUUUUACAACACAUCCAGAUAUUAAUGGUACCUUUGAAAUUAUUGCUACACAUGAAGAAUUUACCAAAUUAAGUUUGUAUAUGGUAGUAUAUCAUCAAUGUGAACAUUUAAUACAUUGCAAAUCUAACAGUUAUAAGGAUAGGAAGCUUCAAACAUGGCGACAAUUUAUAUUUCGUAUACCACAACAAUAUGUAAAUGAUGGCGAUAAAGCUGUGAAAGUUUUUGAUUUGGGCACUUGGAAUUUACAAUUUAAAUUUAUGGUAAUUAAUGUAAUUCAAUUUAAUCGAAGAAUUUCAUUGAAAUUUUGA